CACACAUAGAGAGACAGAGAGACAGAGAGAGACAGAGAAAGAGGCAGUGAGAGAGAGAAAGAGACAGAAAGAAACAGAGAGAGACAGAGGGGAAGACACCAUAGACCCCCCGCUGCCACAAGCAGGACCCCCACCCAAACUUUUCUACUGAAUUUGCCUCCAGUUGCAGAAGCAAAGCCGUUGGAUAAAGAUGCCGACCCCCCCGGACUUGGAGUCGCACCACUUGUCUCUUGUCACUGCCCAACAGGACGUGCUGAGCCCCCGCAGCUCCACCGACUGGGCUGUGUUUGCUUAUGAGAAGCGCUGGGACCUGAAGCUGCUCGACUCUGGAGCUGGGGGGCUGGAGGAGCUCACUAAGAAGCUGAAUGUUCAAUCCAUUCUCUAUGGCCUGUGCCGAGUGUCAGAUCCCAAUAGCCAGAAGCAGCGGGUGAUUCUCAUACACUGGGUCGGUGAGAAUGUGGGGGAGUCACAGAGAGAAAUCAGCCGCGGGCACAUUCCCGCCAUCAGGAAAUUCUUCCGGGAGGCGUCUGUGUUCCUCUGUGCCCGGCGGCUGGAAGAUCUCACUGCUGAUGUGGUGGCACAGGCUCUGGGUCAGGAGGUGCCCCCGGGUGUAACAUUCCCGAGACCCAGACACCCAGGCUCAAAUGAACUGGUGGGGACAAAUUACAGGAAGACCAACCCAGCUAUCGAGAUGCGAUUCAGCAAGCGGGAGGCAUUCUGGCAGCGCUCGGAGAAGGAGGAGGAGCGACGCAAGGAGAAGGAGAGGCAGCGGCUUCUAGAGGAGAAAAUUGCUCUGGAGAAGCUGCGUGUGGAGAGAGAGAGACUGGAGGAGGAGCAACGAGAGCGCAGGAUCCAAGAGAAAGAGAGACUGGUAGAAGAGCAGAGGAAGGAGCAGGCACGUUUGGAAGUGGAGCAGCGCAAGAAGGAGAAAGAUCGCUGGAUGCAGCAGCAGAAGGAGCAUGAAGAAGAAAUGAAAGGGAGGUUCAAGCGCAGUCAGUCCAUUGAAAUGGCAGCUGAGGCAGCAAUGCUUGUUUCCCACCGCUUCAUGCACCCUCGGGAGAUUUUCCGGCAACAGGAGCGAUCUGUGUCAUGCUCUUACUCGCCCCCUACCACCCCAAGAUCACCUUCUAACUCAGGCUCAGGGACUUUUCACCAACCAGCAAUGAGGUACCAGCGCAGCUUGACAGAAACCAUUGCAUCCCCCCCGCCUAAGAGUCCAACUUUUUAUCCAAGCACCCAAAAAAGAGACUCUCUGACCUUCAAUGAUGUACCCCAACCGUGCUCCCCUGCUUUCAUCUUCUCUAAGGCUGCUCUACCUGUCACCUCCCCUAGACUGGGCACCUUGCCAUCCUUCAUACCACCACCAAUUGCCACCACCCGAGUUGGACACUCUCCAACUAAACUAAGCUCCCCCCAAAAUAGCCAUAAUAAUAAUAAUACAGUCUCUCCAAAGACUGUUGCCCAAGAUGUGUCAGUUAGAGCUGAAUAUGUAACUUUAGAUCCCCCCAUGCAGAAUUCAGAAAAUGACUCUCUGUCUCCUGAUGGCCCACCCAAGGCAAAUCAGUUGUCCAUGCAAGGAGACAUGGGAGCUACCUCCAUUUCAGGUUUCUCAAAGGCAAAAGAUACCUACAGGGCUGAGUUAGUACCCAUUAAAGCCCCAUUAGCACCAGAUCAAAAUAUUUAUGUUUCUCCAGAUUUCUUAAAAGUUGACAAGAGAUUUAUUGAGGAUUUGAUUCUUCCAGAGACAUCUAGUGAGGUCACUUUGUCUUCUGUCUCAGCUGCCUUGGAGACCUCAGUGCCCCCUGUUGUAUCUGAUACUGAGACUUCACCUGAGACCUCAGCUCUUCCUGUGGUGCUUCUACCUGAGACCUUAGAUCUUCCUGUGGAACUUCUACCUGAGACCUUAGAUCUUCCUGUGGUACCUGUGGUACUUCUGCCUGAGACCUCUGCUCUUCCUAUUCCACUUGCCCCUGAAAUUUCAGUGCUUCCUGUCCCGCCUGCUACUGAGACCUCAACUCUUUCAAAUUCUGUUGAGACGUCCACUUCUUCUAUCCAGCAUGCUACCGAGACCACUAUACCAUGUUUUGUACCUGCUACUGACAUCUUAACACCUGCUGUUUUACACACUGAUGAGACCCCCAUGCCUCCUGUAUCAUGUGAUAUUGAGACCCCCAUGUCUUCCAUCCCAUGUGUUAAUGAAAGCAUUAUGCCAACUGUCCCAGCUCUUUGGGAGCCUGCAGAGCCUGAAAUUCCUCCCAGUACAGAGUCCACCCCCAAGUCAACUGACCAUUGUACAAAUGCCACUGUAUCGGUUACAGCGCAGGCCACCAAUAAUGUUACAGGACAGACUGGUGGGAUGACUUGUUGUCUUAGUGCAAACUCUACAGAUUCCUUACUAACCUUUAUUCCCCCAAUUCCAGCUGAAUUAUCUUCCCCUGUCAACACAGAAGAUGCAUUAGUGCCAGAAACCCCUACUUCUGCUGUGCUCCUCACUUCCAUCAUUCAGUCUGUGUCCCCCCAACCAUAUUCUCCCUUUACUUUGGGUGAGAGCCCCUAUAUGUCACAGACCACUAACAUAAUGUCUAUACCAGGGGCAAGUUCAUUAUGUGAAAUCCAUUCAGAGUCAGAGGUAUCAGCCACUCACAUCUCCAGUGUGGACCCUUCAAAAGACAUCACUAUAGCAUCUAAAUGUCCACUGGUAGGAUCAGCUUUCUUUGAUAGUGAGGUUCAAGCCACUGACACCUUCUGUAUUUUUGAGGCUUCUCCCACUUGCACCUCACUCAUGUCUGAAGCUCCUCCCACUGACACAUCAAUCAUAUCUGAAACUCCUCCUAACACCCUUGAAGCUCAUCUCUUUGAUGACUCACUCAUGUCUGAAGUUCCUCCCACUGACACGUCAGUCUUAUCUGAAUCAACUUUAACUGAGAGAUCAGAAAUAUGUGAGGCUUCUCCUACUGAUAUUCCACUUGAAUAUGAGGAUCCACCCAAUAAUUUCUUUGAUACAUGUGAGACCCCUCUCACCAUUCCUGUGUGUGAUGAUUUGACCACAAUUUCCUCACCUUUAUGUAGUGUUCCACUCUCUUACAUGUCACCUGUAUGUGAGCCUCCUGCCACUGAUAUCUCACCUGUAUGUGAGCCUCCUGCCACUGAUAUCUCACCUGUAUGUGAGCCUCCUGCCACUGAUAUCUCACCUGUAUGUGAAGUUCCUCCAAAUAAUAUCUCACCUGUAUGUGAAGUUCCUUCCAAUGAUAUCUCACCUGUAUGUGAAGUUUCUCCCAAUGAUAUCUCACCUGUGUGUGAAGUUCUUUCUAUCGAUAUCUUACCUGUGUGUGAAGUUUCUUCCAAUGGUAGUUCACCUGUGUGUGAAGUUCUUCCGAAUGAUAUCUCACCUGUAUGUGAAGUCCCUCCCAAUGAUAUCUCACCUGUGUGUGAAGUUCCUUUCAUUGAUUUCUCACCUGUAUUUGAAGUCCCUCCCAAUGAUAUCUCAACUGUGUGUGAAGUCCCUCCCAAUGAUAUCUCAUCCAUAUGUGAAGUUCCUCCCAGCGGUAUCUCACCUGUGUGUGAAGUUCCUUCUAACUAUAUCUUACCUGUAUGUGAAGUUUCUUCCAAUGAUAUCUCACCUGUGUGUGAAGUUCCUCCCAAUGAUAUCUCACCUGCAUGUGAAGUCCCUUCCAAUGAUAUCUCACCUGUAUGUGAAGUCCCUCCCAAUGAUAUCUCACCUGUAUGUGAAGUCCCUCCCAAUGAUAUCUCACCUGUAUGUGAAGUUUCCUCCAAUGAUAUCUCAACUGUGUGUGAAGUUCCUUCCAAUGAAAUCUCAUCUGAGUGUGAAGUUCCUUCCAAUGAUGUCCCACCUGUAUGUGAAGUUCCUCCCAGUGAUAUCUCAUCUGUGUGUGAAGUUCCUUCCAAUGAUAUCUCACCUGUAUGUGAAGUUCCUCCCAGUGAUAUCUCAUCUGUGUGUGAAGUUCCUUCCAAUGAUAUCUCACCUGUAUGUGAAGUUCCUCCCAGUGAUAUCUCAUCUGUGUGUGAAGUUCCUUCCAAUGAUAUCUCACCUGUAUGUGAAGUCCCUUCCAAUGAUAUCUCACCUGUAUGUGAAAUUCCUCCCAAUAAUAUCUCACCUGUGUGUGAAGUUUCUCCCAAAAAUAUCUCACUUGUAUCUGAGGCUUCAUCCAUAUCACCUGCAUGUACAGCCCUACCCUUGGCCCUCUUACCUGCAGUGGAGGCUCUAGUCAGUUGCAAGGACAAGUCUCCUCAAACUUCCAUCCAUUGCACAGAAUUGCAGGAAGAUCCCAGUGCCCCCCUGUUUGCUAUAGAACUGGCACCUUGCACAGAUCUACAGACCCCACUCCACACGGACGUCACAGAUUCUGCUACAGAACCUGUGUUGGUACCAGAGCUGGAUGUUUUGGCACAAAAUUGAACCCGCCUGCCUCACGGGACUGCUGAGCUGGUUCUCACCCUGCUGGAUUUGCCCCCCAUGUUGCGGACAUGAGACUCAGCACCACCGACAUGCGCCCAAAACUGCACUUGAUCGACCACUCGCCUUAUUCAUUCCCUCACCUACUGCCAUACUAUGUAUUGUGUCUGUGUGUGAUUAGCCAGCAGCACCCGCACUCUCCUUACCCACAUCUACUCUCUGUCUAUCCCUCAUACUGUGCUCCCCACAUGUACAGCCUUAGAAUAUCUCUCUGGAUUCACCACCACUAACAUAAUGGCUGUUCCUGCUGAAUUGUGCUUAGUACAGGGAAUACCUAUACUGCCAUAGUUUUAUGGGAUCUCUCUGUACAGACUAUGAGCAAACUUAGGGAC